CAUAUCCAUUACCAUUUCAAAGACACAAAUAAAUUAAGCAAAAAACAUCAUCAUGAUGAUCACCUCCUUAGCUCACUUCCUCCUCUUCUUCACCCUCUUCUUCAUCUCAGCCCAUGCAGCGACCUUUCUCAUCAAAAAUGAAUGCUCUUACACAGUCUGGGCUGCUGCUAGCCCAGGAGGUGGAAGGCGUCUAGAUCGAGGUCAGAGCUGGACUCUCAACGUGCCUGCAGGCACCACCAUGGCUCGUAUCUGGGGCCGAACAAAGUGUAACUUUGACGGAAGCGGCAGAGGCCAUUGCCAAACUGGUGACUGUGGAGGUGUACUUCAAUGCAAAGGCUGGGGUUCUCCACCAAACACUUUGGCAGAGUACGCUCUCAACCAGUUUGGCAACAAAGAUUUCUUCGAUAUCUCCCUCGUGGACGGCUUCAACAUUCCGAUGGACUUCAGUCCGACAUCAGGAGGGUGUAGAGGAAUCCGGUGCACCGCUGAUAUCAAUGGACAGUGUCCGAAGGAACUGAGAACCGGUGGAGGUUGCCAAAACCCGUGCACUGUGUUUAAGACCAAUGAAUAUUGCUGCACAAAGGGGCAAGGAAGCUGCGGACCGACCCGUUUCUCGAGGUUUUUCAAAGAUAGGUGCCCAGAUGCUUAUAGCUAUCCACAAGAUGAUCCAACAAGCACGUUUACAUGCCCUGCUGGGACUAAUUACAGGGUUGUUUUCUGCCCCAGAGGGUCUCCUCAUUUUCCUUUGGAAAUGGUAGGAGCUAUGACUGAGUAAAAGAAAGAGUAUGUGGAAGCAUAUAUGUUACUGUACUCUCGGAGUAUAUUAUAUAUAUAUAUAUAUAUAUGUGUGUGUCAUGUGUGUACUAGUGUACUUGUGUUUUUUUUUGGGUACUGUUGUACUUAGAUGUGCAACUUAAAAAGUAAGUCUUAUUAAAUAAAGACUACGUUUCUAUUGUA